GGCUGCGCUUCCCCGGCCGGAGGGGCGGCGCCGUGGGCCGGGCGCUCCGGGCUCCCCGACGCCACCGGCGCUCCAGCUCCGCCCCGGGCCUCCCCGCCAUGCGCCCCGGCUAGUGCGCCUCGGGCGCAGCGCCCACCCGGCCGGUCCCGCCGCUCGCCCCGCCGCCGGCAUGCUGCGCUCGCUGCUGCUCGCCGCGCUCUGCCUGGCCGGCCGGCUGGGGACCUCCCGCAGCUGCCAGCUGCCCUCGGAGUGGAGACCCCUGAGCGAGGGCUGCCGCGCCGAGCUGGCCGAGAUCAUCGUGUACGCCAAGGUGCUGGCGCUGCACCAAGAGGUGCACAGCCUGUACAACUACCUGCCCUGGCAGUACGAGGCCGGCGAGGCGGGGCUCUUCUACUCGGCCGAGAUCGAGAUGCUGUGCGACCAGGCGUGGGGCAGCAUGCUCGAGGUGCCCGCGGGCUCCAGGCUCAACCUCACCGGCCUGGGCUACUUCUCCUGUCACUCGCACACCGUGGUCCAGGAUUACUCCUAUUUCUUCUUCCUCAGGAUGGAUGAAAAUUAUAACCUCUUGCCUCACGGAGUCAAUUUCCAAGAUGCCAUCUUUCCAGACACUCAAGAGAACAGAAGGAUGUUUUCCAGCCUUUUCCAGUUUUCAAACUGUUCCCAAGGGCAGCAACUGGCAACUUUCUCCAGUGACUGGGAGGUCCAAGAAGAUACUAGGCUCAUGUGCUCCUCGGUGCAGAAGGCCCUGUUUGAGGAGGAGGGCCACGUCAAGAAGCUGCAGCAGAAGGUGGCCACCCUGGAAAAGCGGAACAAGCAGCUGCGGGACCGCGUGAAGAAGGUCAAGAGGUCCCUGCGGCAGGCGCGGAAGAACGGCCGCCACCUGGAGCUGCUGAGCCAGAAGCUGAGCGAGAAGCUGGCGGCCGCGGCAGGCGCGCCCCCGCACAUCAACGGCGGCAGGAGCGCCCCCGCACAUCAACGGCUGGGCCGCGAGGCCGCGGGCGCCGCCUACCUGCGGGGGUAGUAGCAGGGGUGGAGCCUC